CUUCUCGACAGCGGUCUGGAUGACUUGAUGAUCCCGAUUCUGGAGCCUGACCGGGUGAGUGGUUGUUUUCUAGAGGCCACUGUAUGCUCCCUCGACGAACUCGAAGGCCUCCGGCUUGACUACAUAAAACAUUUUGAGAACUACGUCCCGACUCCCUCUCAUCGGACUGUUCCCUGGGGCGGCACCAUUCGCUGGGCACUCCGCAACAGUACCGUCUUUGAGGAUGCAGAGGAGGAGCGGCUGGCGUCGUUCAGCGCCCCCUGGCUGGCUUUCAAGAAGGGUAACGCAUCCAGCCUGUGGUUCUUCCAGUACGGCCUCCGCUACCUUCCCAGUGAGAUGGACGAGAAUGCCUAUCGCACCGUCAAGAUGGAGAACUUGCCUUUGGAUAUCACGAUGGACAUUGUGCUCCAGUUGGCUCGGGGCGGGCAGAUCUACUCGGCGCAGCUGUUGAACACCACCCACAUGACAGGCUCCCCCACGGCGAUCUUGGUGUUUGUCUACCAGCGCGACGCGGUGAGGUUCCUGCAGUCCAAUAAAGAUGGCAUCUCCUAUAUGACUUCGAAGAUCAAGGUCCGCGCAGUCAACACCGCCACCUACCCCAUGCCGGCCGAAAUGGAAUAUCUGAUCUUUCAGAGGGGAUACACGCGCUGUCUCGCCAUCUGUGGGGUGAACGGGGUGCAGGUUGAGGAGAUCUUCUCCAGGCUGAUGGAGUCCACCUGCUUUCACUACGUCGAGUCUGUCUUUCCCUGCGAGGACGGGGUGCAACGGUUCUGGUUCCAUUCGAUCAAGAUGGCCGCCAUGGCACACGACCUUUUGAAAGCUCUGCCGAUGCUGAAACGCUGCGAGAUCAAGUUCGAGGCUGAUCCUUGCACGGACCUCGACUAGACCAAGGCCUUGCUCUUGAGACUUUCCGCUGCUCCAAGCCUUACAAGGUGAUCUACCAUGCUUCUCAG